GGUCACUUUGGUCGAUUUUCCAUAAUUCUAAUGCCAAAGUAAAAGAAUCUCUUCUUCUUGGUCGUUUGCUUCUUCUUUCCUUCUCUGUCCAGCGCGAAUCCCCGCGCCACCGCCACCCCCCCCCCCCAAUAGAUUCCUAACCUAUCUUCAUCUUCGAGGUCCUUCGAAAAUGGUGGCUCCAACGAGAUCGGAGGCCCUUUCGCUUCUUCGCUCUUUUCUCCGUACAGCUCGUCACUUCUGCGAUUACAACAUCAGAGAGUACGCCAAACGACGUGCCGUCGACGGCUUCCGCCAUAACCGCAACCUUUCCGAUCCUCCAUCCAUCUCCUCCGCCUACGCCGACGGCAAGGCUCAGCUUGAAGUUGCUAAAAGACAAUCCGCCGUGUACUCCCUCUAUGCGCCCAAGGUAAAGAGCAUCAUGGAGCCUCAUCGCACAAACUGAAUACGGAAGCUCUUUUGCCCUAAUUCUUUGUAAUUCUAAUUCUAUUAUGACAGAUUUCGUGAGUUAGGGUUUAUUUCUGCUUCGCGGAUCUUUACUUGAUUGGCUUAUCAUAUCUUUUCUACUCAGAAUUCAAUAAGUCGUUUGUUCUGUGAGAUUUGCCUGUGGGUUUUGUUUGUUUGUUUUGAUUUAUCAAUCCUUGAUUGUGGGAUGGAAUUUGAAAUAUUUGGUGAUGAUGAACAUGAUUAGACUCUUCUUGGUUUUGAUUUUAUUGGAUUUGAUACACUAAUCAAUUUUGUAUC